CACAAUGGAGAGAUACGUCCGGCUGGAAAAGCUUGGAGAGGGUACCUAUGCGACUGUUUACAAGGGGAAAAGCUGUCAGACUUCUGAGACAGUCGCACUUAAAAAAAUACAUUUGAAUGCUGAGGAAGGAGCUCCUUCGACUGCUAUACGUGAAAUAUCCCUCAUGAAAGAGCUCAAGCACAUGAAUAUUGUUCGUCUUUAUGAUGUUAUUCACACCGAGGUGACCUUGACGCUUGUGUUUGAGUUUAUGGACCAGGACUUGAAAAAGUUUAUGGAUGUGCAUGGUGGAGCUUUAAAGCCUUCAUUGUGCUGCAAUUUCAUGUUCCAGCUACUGCGAGGAAUCAUGUUUUGUCAUGACAAUCGGGUACUGCAUCGAGACCUGAAGCCACAGAACCUGCUUAUCAAUUCAAACUUUGAGCUCAAGCUAGCGGAUUUUGGUCUUGCAAGGGCAUUUGGAAUUCCUGUCAACACCUUCUCUAAUGAAGUAGUAACUCUCUGGUAUCGUGCCCCCGACGUUCUCCUUGGCUCACGAAACUACUCGACCUCGAUUGAUAUGUGGUCUAUCGGUUGUAUUAUGUCAGAAAUGCAUACAGGAAAACCUCUUUUUUCAGGAAAAGAUAACGAAGAUCAACUUCUCAAAAUCUUCAAACUUCUUGGAACACCAACAGAAGAUACGUGGCCACGGGUAUCUGAAUACUCGGAAUACAAGAAAACGUUUCCGUAUUAUGCACCAAUAGAUCUUAGAACGAAGCUGCCCAUGUUAGAUAAUGUUGCAUUGAAUAUACUAGCUAGAAUGCUGCAGUACCAACCGCUGAUUCGUGUGAGCGCAAAAGAAGCACUGUUGCAUCCUUACUUUGCAGAGAUUAUUCAGGCUAUUGGACACAUGGAUGUGUUAAUUGGACAAGGAGGUCAAGCCAUCAGCUCACCUCCAAAUGCUGCCGUGAUUGCUGCCAAUUCAAACGGACCAAACUAUGCAGCUCAAUUGGCCUAUGCUGCAUCACGCGCUUCACAGGUGCAACCUCAACAUCACAACUAGCGACAAAGGGCAUGAGAAUGGAAAGAUGAAAUAAAAUAAAAAAUUGUCAACAAUC